UCGCUGGCUGGGGGCCGCCGAGGCGGGGGCCGGGCCGCAACCCAGAGCCCGUGCGCGGUCACCCGGCAGCCUCGGCCGCCGCUGGAAGCGAAGAUGAAGGAGAUUUGUAGAAUUUGUGCCCGGGAGCUGUGUGGAAACCAGCGGCGCUGGAUCUUCCACACGGCGUCCAAGCUCAACCUCCAGGUUCUGCUUUCGCAUGUCCUGGGCAAAGAUGUCUCUCGCGAUGGCAAAGCCGAAUUUGCCUGCAGCAAGUGUGCUUUCAUGCUCGAUCGGAUCUAUCGUUUUGACACCGUUAUCGCCCGCAUUGAAGCCCUUUCUAUCGAGCGCUUGCAGAAACUGCUCCUGGAGAAGGAUCGCCUCAAGUUCUGCAUCGCCAGCAUGUAUCGGAAGAAUAACGAUGACUCUGGCGCGGAGACCAAGGCGGGGAGUGGGACGGUUGACAUUUCCGGCUUACCCGAUGUGAGGUACUCUGCACUGCUCCAGGAAGACUUCGCCUAUUCGGGGUUUGAGUGCUGGGUGGAAAAUGAGGAUCAGAUGCAGGAGCCUCACAGCUGCCAUGCUUCAGAAGGCCCUAGCAACCGACCCAGGAGAUGUCGAGGUUGUGCAGCUUUGCGGGUUGCUGAUUCUGACUAUGAAGCUAUUUGUAAGGUGCCUCGGAAAGUAGCCAGAAGUAUUUCCUGUGGGCCUUCUAGCAGGUGGUCUACCAGCAUUUGCACUGAAGAACCUGCAUUGUCCGAGAUUGGGCCCCCGGACUUAGCAAGCACGAAGAUGCCCCCAGAUGGAGAAAGCAUGGAGGAAGGAACACCGGGUUCCUCUGUGGAGUCUUUGGACGCGAGUGCCCAGGCGAGUCCUCCUCAGCAGAAGGAGGAGGAAACUGAGAGAAGCGCGAAAGAACUUGUGAAAUGUGACUUUUGUUCAGAUGAACAGCCUCCACAGCAUAUGUGUAAUCAUAAGUUGGAGUUAGCUCUUAACAUGAUUAAAAGUCUUGAUUAUAAGCCUAUCCAGAGCCCCCGGGGGAGCAGGCUUCCUAUUCCAGUGAAAUCCAGUCCAUCUGGAACCAAGCCUGGCCAUAGUAUGACAGAUGGAGUUUGUUCCACUUUCCUUAACAGGGCUUUGAACAAGACACCUCUGAGUUAUCCCUUGGAGAUUUCAGACCUUCAGGAGCUGUGGGAUGAUCUCUGUGAAGAGUAUUUGCCACUCCGGCUUCAGUCAGUGCCCGAAGAGUUACUCAGACAACAAAUGCAGAAUUCAAAUGAGACCACUACAAGUGCGCAGUCUGUAUCUGACUCCCAUUUGGCAGCACUUCAAGAAAAAAUCCAGCAAACAGAGGCCACCAACAAGAUUCUUCAAGACAAACUGCACGAAAUGAGCUGUGAACUAAAAUAUGCUCAGGAGUCAUCUCAAAAGCAAGAUAGCACAAUUCAAAACCUCAAGGAAACUCUGAAAAGCAGGGAAAGUGAGACUGAGGAGUUGUACCAGGUGAUUGAAAGCCAAAAUGACACAAUGGCAAAGCUUCGAGAAAUGCUGCACCAAAGCCAGCUCGGACAACUUCAUACCUCUGAGGGUACCUCUCAAGCUCAGCAACAGGUGGCUCUGCUUGAUCUUCAGAGUGCUUUAUUCUGCAGCCAGCUUGAAAUACAGAAACUGCAGAGGUCAGUAAGACAGAAGGAACGCCAGCUGGCCGAUGCCAAGCGAUGUGUGCAGUUUGUGGAGGCUGCAACACAUGAGAGAGAAAAGCAGAAGGAGGCUUCUUGGAAACAUAACCAGGAAUUGCGAAAAGCAUUGCAGCAUUUACAGGGAGAAUUGCAGAAUAAGAACCAACAGCUUCGUACCCUGGAGGCUGAAAAAUACAAUGAGAUUCGAACACAGGAGCAAAACAUUGAACAUUUAAACUGUAGUCUGAGUCAUAAAGAGCAAUUGCUUCAGGAAUUUCAGGAGCUCCUACAGUAUCGAGAUAAUUCAGACAAAACUCUUGAAGCAAAUGAAAUGUUGCUUGAGAAACUUCGGCAGCGAAUACAAGACAGGGCUGUUGCUCUAGAGCGGGCUAUAGAUGAAAAGUUCUGUGCUCUCGAAGAGAAAGACAAAGAGCUGCGUCAGCUUCAUCUUGCUGUGAGAGAGCGAGAUCAUGACUUAGAGAGACUCCGUGGUGUCCUCUCCUCCAACGAAGCUACCAUGCAAAGCAUGGAGAGUCUCUUGAGGGCCAAAGGCCUAGAGGUGGAACAGUUAACCGCUACCUGUCAGAACCUCCAGUGGCUGAAAGAAGAAAUGGAAACCAAGUUUGGCCAUUGGCAGAAGGAACAAGAGAGUAUUAUUCAGCAGUUACAGACAUCUCUGCAUGACAGAAACAAAGAAGUGGAGGAUCUUAGUGCAACACUGCUCUGCAAACUUGGACCAGGACAGAGUGAAAUAGCUGAGGAGCUGUGCCAGCGUCUGCAGCAAAAAGAAAGGAUGCUGCAGGAUCUUCUUAGUGAUCGGAACAAGCACACUAUGGAACAUGAAAUGGAGAUUCAGAGCCUGCUUCAGUCUAUGAGCACCAGGGAGCAGGACAGCCAAGCUGCUUCAGAGAAGAUAGUGCAAGCCCUAAUGGAAAGAAAUUCAGAAUUACAGGCCCUGCGCCAGUAUUUAGGAGGGAAAGACUUCAUGAUGGCCCAAGCACUCAUCUCAAACCAACCAGCUCAAGUUACCUCCAUCGGCCCUCAUUUUGGAGAGCAGACUGACCAAGGGUCAAUGCAAAUACCCUCCAGAGAUAGCACUUCACUGACUACUAAAGAGGAUGCCAGCAUACCCAGGUCCACAUUAGGAGACUUGGACACAGUUGCAGAGCUGGAGAAAGAACUGAGCAAUGCCAAAGAGGAACUUGAACUCAUGGCUAAAAAAGAAAGAGAAAGUCAGAUGGAACUUUCUGCUCUUCAGUCUAUGAUAGCUGUGCAAGAGGAAGAGCUGCAGGUGCAGGCUGCUGAUCUGGAGUCCCUGACCAGGAACAUACAGAUAAAAGAAGACCUCAUAAAGGACUUGCAAAUGCAGCUGGUUGAUCCUGAAGACAUUCCAGCUAUGGAACGCUUGACCCAAGAAGUCUUACUUCUUCGAGAAAAAGUUGCUUCAGUAGAAUCUCAGAAUCAAGAUAUCUCAGGAAACCGAAGACAACAGUUGCUGCUGAUGCUAGAAGGACUCGUAGAUGAACGGAGUCGACUUAAUGAGGCCUUACAAGCUGAGAGACAGCUUUACAGCAGUCUGGUGAAGUUCCAUGCCCAUCCUGAGAGCUCUGAGAGAGACCGAACUCUGCAGGUGGAAUUGGAAGGAGCCCAGGUGUUACGCACUCGGCUAGAAGAAGUUCUUGGAAGAAGCCUGGAGCGCCUAAGCAGGCUGGAGACCCUGGCCGCCAUUGGAGGUGCAGCUGCGGGGGAUGACACUGAAGAUGCGAGCACUGAGUUCACUGACAGUAUUGAGGAGGAGGCUGCACACAACAGCCACCAGCAACUCAUCAAGGUAGCUUUGGAGAAAAGUUUGGCAACUGUGGAGACCCAGAGCACAACUCUUCCUACUCCUUCCCUGGUAGGAGGGGAUAGUAACAGGUGUCUUCAGGAGGAAAUGCUCCACUUGAAGGCCGAGAUCCACCAGCACUUAGAGGAGAAGAAGAAAGCUGAGGGGGAACUCAAGGAACUAAAGUCUCAAAUUGAGGAAGCAGGGUUCUCCUCUGUGUCACAUAUCAGGAAUACUGUGCUGAGCCUUUGCCUUGAGAAUGCAGAGCUGAAAGAGCAGAUGGGAGAAGCAAUGUCCGACGGAUGGGAGAUGGAGGAAGACAAGGAGAAGGGCGAAGUGAUGGCAGAGACUGCGGUUGCCAAAAGGGGUCUGAAUGAGACUAGCCUUCAGGCUGAGUUCAGAAAGCUCCAAGGAAAACUGAAGAAUGCCCAUAACAUCAUCAACCUCCUCAAAGAACAACUGGUACUGAGCAGCAAGGAAGGGAAUAGUAAAUUUAAUCCAGAGCUCCUUGUACACCUGGCCAAGGAGAUUGACAGAAUGAACACAGACCUGGCUGGUUCCCCAGGGAAACACCAACAGCAAGAGGAGGAAGCUGUGACCACGAGGCCUUGUCCUAGACCCCAGAGCCUUGAUCUUGGGGCAGCCAUUGCAGCUGAUGCUCACCAACUCAAUAACCAACCCCAGGCCCAGGAUUGGGGGCCUCAGUCAGAAUUUAGCCUGGCGGGGUCCACCAAGCACCUGCGCUCCCAGCUGGCUCAAUGCAGACAACGCUACCAAGAUCUCCAAGAGAAGCUGCUGAUCUCAGAAGCCACAGUGUUUGCCCAGGCUAACCAGCUGGAGAAAUACAGAGUCAUUUUUAGCGAGUCCCUAGUGAAGCAGGACAGCAAGCAGGUCCAGGUGGACCUCCAGGACCUGGGUUAUGAGACUUGCGGCCGCAGCGAGAAUGAGGCUGAACGUGAGGAAACUACCAGCCCCGAGUGUGGUGAACACGACAGCCUCCGGGACACAGUGCACAUGGAGGGUCUGUGCUCUGAGCAGGGGUGCCAAGGCCUAGCUCUGGUCAGUCCCCCUGAGAAGAAGCCUUUGGAGAGCCAGCUAGGAAAGCGAGAAGAAUUCCAUGCAUAUGGAAAGUCAGAAGACAUCUCUGUCCUACGAAAAAACAUCAAAGAUCUGAAAAUCCAGCUUCAGAAUGCCAACAAAAUCAUUCAGAACCUCAAGAGCCGGGUCCGGUCCCUCUCGGUUACAAGUGAUUAUUCUUCUAGUCUGGAAAGACCCCGGAAGCUGAGGGCUGUUGGCACCCUUGAAGGGUCUUCACCUCAUAGUGUCACUGACGAGGAUGAAGGUUGGCUGUCUGAUGGCACUGGGGCUUUCUAUCCCCCAGGACUUCAGGCUAAAAAGGAUCUGGAGAGUCUCAUCCAGAGAGUAUCCCAGCUGGAAGCCCAGCUCCCAAAAACUGGACUAGAAGGGAAGCUGGCUGAGGAGCUGAGAUCAGCCUCAUGGCCUGGAAAAUAUGAUUCCCUGAUUCAGGAUCAGGCCCGAGAACUCUCCUACCUACGGCAAAAAAUACGAGAAGGGAGAGGUAUUUGUUAUCUUCUCACUCAACAUGCAAAAGAUACAGUAAAAUCUUUUGAAGACCUCCUAAGGAGCAAUGACAUUGACUACUACUUGGGGCAGAGUUUCCGGGAGCAACUUGCUCAGGGAAGUCAGCUGACUGAGAGGCUCACCAGCAAACUCAGCACCAAGGAUCAUAAAAGUGAGAAAGAAAAAGCUGGACUUGAACCACUGGCCCUCAGGCUCAGCAUGGAGCUGCAGGAGAAGGAGAAAGUGAUUGAAGUCCUGCAGGCCAAGCUGGAUGCCCAGUCUCUCUCACCUCCCAGCAGCCAUGCCUUGUCUGACUCCCCCCGCUCUCCCAGCAGCACCUCCUUCUUGUCUGAUGAGCUAGAAGCCUGCUCUGACAUGGAUAUAGCCAGCGAGUACUCUCACUAUGAAGAGAAGAAAGCUUCACCUGGUCACUCAGAUACCAUCCAUCAUUCGAGUCAUUCUGCUGUAUUAUCUUCUAAACCACCAACAACCAGUGCAUCUCAGGGGGUUAAGGCUGAAUCGAGAAGCAACUCCAUCAGCUUGCCAACUCCCCAGAGCGCCCCCAAGGAGGCCGUCCAGGCCCAUCCAGGCUUUCAUUUUAACUCCAUACCCAAGCCGGUUAGCCUCCCCCAGGCACCAUUGCCCUCAGCUCCGACCAGCUUCCUGCCUUUCAGCCCCUCUGGUCCUCCCCUCCUUGGCUGCCGUGAGACACCGGUGGUGUCCUUGGCCGAGGCUCAGCAGGAGCUGCAGAUGCUGCAGAAGCAGUUGGGAGAAAGUGUCAGCGCUGCUCCUUCUGCUUCUGCAGCUAUAUUGCCAAGCAACCAUUUGGAAGCUAGCUCUUCCCACUACCUCAAUCCUGCCCAGCCUCACCCUUCUCCACGGGGCACCGUAGAACUGGGCAGAAUCCUGGAAUCUGGGUACCUGAGUAACGGUGGCCGGUGGGACAUGAUGAGGCCUCAGAAAGGGAGUGUGUCUGGGGACAUCUCCUCAGGUUCCUCGGUGUACCACCUUAACUCCAAACCCACAGGGGCUGACUUGCUGGAAGAGCAUCUGGGUGAGAUCCGGAACCUGCGCCAGCGCCUGGAAGAGUCCAUCUGCAUCAACGACCGCCUGCGGGAGCAGCUGGAACACCGGCUCAGCUCCACUGCUCGAGGGAGUGGAUCCACCUCUCAUGUCUACAGUCAAGGUGUGGAGUCCAUGCCUCAGAUCUACAAUGAGAAUAGAGUCCUCAGGGAAGAAAACCAGAGGCUUCAGGCACAGUUGAGUCACAUUUCUAGAGGGCAUUCCCAGGAGACAGAGUGCUUGAGGGAGGCUCUGCUCUCCUCGCAAUCCCGGCUUCAAGAGCUGGAGAAGGAAGUGGAGCAGCAGAAGGUGGGGCGGCAGCAGCUUUUGGAAGAUUUGCAGGAGAAGCAGCAGGAGAUCGUGCACUUUAGGGAAGAGCGACUGUCCCUCCAGGAAAAUGACUCCAGGCUGCAGCACAAGCUGGCCCUCCUGCAGCAACAGUGUGAAGAGAAACAGCAGCUCUUCCAGUCCCUGCAGUCGGAGCUACAGAUCUAUGAGGCACUUUAUGGGAGUUCCAAGAAGGACCUGAAAGCUUUCCACCUGGAUGCCUGUUGCCAAGUUCCUUUGAGCAGUGACUUGAACCACCUGGUGGCAGAGAUUCGAGCUCUGAGAGGGCAGCUGGAGCAGAGCAUUCAGGCGAACAAUUGUCUGCGGCUGCAGCUGGAGCAGCAAUUGGACAGCGGUGCUGCGAAAGCCAGCCUCAGCCCCUCCUCCCUUAGCCAGAACUUCCCAGUCAAUGACCCUGGAAACAAGCAGCUGCCCUUCCAAGACUCAGUUGCUUCCCCUCCAGUCCGGGAUGUGGGCAUGAGUUCUCCAGCUCUGGUCCUCUCCAGCUCUUCUGCUCCUGGUUCAGACACGGCCAUGAUCACCAGGACAAAUGAGCUGGGUUUGACUGUUUCUCCAGUAAUGAAGGACCCUCCUAAGUUGGAGGGUGAUGCUACCGAUGGCUCCUUUGCCAACAAGCAUGGUCGCCACGUCAUAGGCCACGUUGAUGAUUAUAGUGCUCUAAAACAGCAGAUUGGGGAGGGCAAACUGCUGGUCCAAAAGAUGCUGUCACUCAUGAGGCCAGCAUUCAGCAUCCCUGGCCUGGAAGUGCAGGGCACAGAGAUGCUGGGCAGCAAAGGUGUCCACGAGCUGCGGAGCAACACCAGUGCCUUGCACCACAUCCUGGAGGAGGCAGCAUCCCUCCUCACCAUGUUCUGGCGAGCGGCCUUACCAAGUACCCCUGGCCCUGUGCUGCCUGCCAAAGCGGGAGAUGCAAUGGAAAGAGAACUCACGGAACUUCGAGCCCAAGUGUCCAAACAAGAGCAGCUCCUUCAGAGCACAGCUGAGCGUCUGAAGACCGCCAACCAGCACAAGGAGAGCAUGGAACAGUUCAUCGUCAGCCAGUUGACCCGGACCCAUGAUGUUUUGAAGAAGGCAAGGACGAAUUUGGAGCACAACACUUACAAGACUGCCUCUGUACAGCCUUAUUCCUGUCCCAGCAAAGGUGAAAUCCCUAAGGGCUCUGCUGUGCACUCCAGGCUUGUGACCCUUGCCUUCCAGGAGCCACACAAGAAGCGAAGCUACCAGAGGUCCUUAAAACAACAGGAAGAAUGGGCCUGCCCCCCUUUGAUGCAGCUGCCUAUCUGUUGAUGAGCACCUGGGCCUUAUCCCUCCGGGCCUGCUAGAGGUCCAGAAGAUGGGACAGAGAUGUGUUCUUUUAGGACAAUAGAAAAGAAGAAUGGCUUCCUGGUAGCAACACAUACUGGGCCCAGCCCUUAGCAAAACACCUAGAUUGCAUAGAGCCCAUGACACUGCUUCUAAAAAGCCUCCUCCGCAAGGCAUCUGCCACGGCAUCUGCGUUUCACAUCUCAGGAGCUGUCCUCAGACAGUCAACUCAGGGGAAGUAGGACCUUGCCUCCUGUGAAGGGGGCUGCGGCCCCAAGCUGCAGUCCUCAGGCAGCUCUAGAAGCACACUGCUGAGUAGCAAUGCCCUGCUGGGCAGUGUUGCUGGGGGCUCAGCAAACCCUGCUCACAGAUCCCAGGCUAGCUCUGCUGGGCCAAAGCUUAGGUCUACACCACCACACCUGCAUAUUCUGAGUCCAAAUGGUGAAUGUGGGACUUCCUGGAUGCCCGCUCUUGCUUCUUCCAUGCCUUCUGGUUUUUGCUUCUAUAAUCUCUGAAUUGUAUUGACCCCUUUUAAAUAGGCUGUUCCAUUUUGUCAUUCUUACUUCUCUUGGGGGAAUUAGGGAUUGUUGGCAACACCAAGACUCUCCAUUUUGUCUUGCCUAUAGUAGGCCUGUGCUCAUUUUUAAGUGGCAUAGGUGUGCCUGAGCUGUACUGUAUGAAGCCUAGUGUGUGUCUUCACCAUCCUCAUAGGAUGUGGGUAUGUGUGUAUAAAUGUACGAUAGAGAUUUAUAUAUGUUGCUGUACCCAUGUGGUGAAGGCCAACAUAACUUGCAGAGCGGGUGGGUGAGAAGAAAUGAAAGUCUUUUGGGUGGCUAUUAAAGUAAAAUGUGUAUAAGGAAUCAAUUUUCAUUGCCUGUUUUGCUUUUCAUUUCUGCACGAAUCCCCGGGAUAAAUGUAAAAGAAAAGAAAACUAUCAUUAAGAAACUCAAAGACUAAUCCUUGAAGUCUAAGUUGAAAAGAUUACAUUUUUCCUUCUUCAUCAUUUUGUACAACUCUAUAGUCUGAAAACAGGAAAGAGUGUUUUUCAAGCUGAAAAUCAGCUGUGGACACAUGGAGCUACAUGCUGGGCUGCAGUCCCUGAGGCUCUAGUUAGGAUGGGGUUCCAGAGUUCGCCACUUUCACAGAGCACUCAGAUGACUCUGGUGUAGGAAGGCCAUAGGUCGCAGAUUUAAAAGUGUCAUUCUACAACAACUGAAUUCAAGCAAUAAAGUUCAGAACCUUCUAUUGAAAAGUAUACAAGGCUUCCAUAAACAUUUAAAUAAAAUUUUUAAACAACU